CUUUACUCAGCUCUGGUCUUGCUGCAAUCUUGAACGGCGGUGACUGAUGAGUGCAGCGCUGAGUGGAGUCGCUUGGCUCUUUCUUUAACGUAGAUAUUUUAUCAGUUUUAUUCGGUGUUUCACGGAACAUUUUCUCCAGAGGUGAAGCGUUACACGUUUGUCGAAGAUGUCUGUGGCCGGGCUGAAGAAACAGUUCCAUAAAGCCAGUCAGCUACUCAGUGAAAAGAUCAGCGGGGCAGAGGGAACAAAGCUGGAUGAAGACUUCAUGGAGAUGGAGAGGAAAAUUGAGGUGACCAACAAGUCGGUGUUUGAGCUCUUGUCCAAAACAACAGAAUACCUCCAGCCUAACCCAGCCUCUCGAGCCAAACUGAACAUGCUGAACACUGUGUCUAAGAUCCGAGGACAGGUGAAGACCACUGGCUACCCUCAGACCGAAGGCCUGCUGGGAGACUGCAUGCUGCGCUACGGCCAUGAACUGGGAGAGGAGUCAGUCUUUGGCUGUUCUCUGGUGGAUAUGGGUGAGGCCAUGAGGCAGAUGGCAGACGUGAAGGACUCCCUCGAUAUAAACGUCAAACAAAAUUUUAUUGACCCCCUGCAGAAUCUACAGGACAAGGACCUCAAAGAGAUCACGCACCACCUGAAGAAGCUGGAGGGCCGCAGGUUAGACUUUGACUAUAAGAAGAAGCGUCAGGGGAAGAUCCCAGACGAGGAGAUCCGGCAAGCUGUGGAGAAGUUUGAUGAGAGCAAAGAGCUGGCCGAGAGGAGCAUGUUCAACUUCCUGGAGAAUGACGUGGAGCAGGUGAGCCAGCUGUCGGCACUGAUCGAGGCGGCAGUAGAGUACCACCGGCAGUCGCGUGAAAUCCUGGAGGAGCUCAGCGGAAAGCUGCAGAAGAGGAUAUCCACAGCCAGCAGCCGGCCCAAGAGAGAAUUCAAACCAAAGUCCAUCAGGAGCAACAAUCAGCACAACGGCCUGACCUACAGCUCCUCGCUCAAAUCCACCGCUGAUCAUAUAACCUCCGUUCCACUGUCAUGGCCCGAGAGCCCCACAACCAAUGGCAAUAUUCACCAGUCGGAGGUGUUGGACCAGCCGUGCUGUCGCGCCCUCUAUGACUUUGAGCCAGAGAACGAGGGCGAGCUGGGCUUCAAGGAGGGGAACAUCAUCAUCCUCACCAACCAGAUAGACGAGAACUGGUAUGAAGGCAUGAUCAACGGCGAGUCCGGCUUUUUCCCCAUCAACUACGUGGAGGUCAUUGUCCCCCUCCCUCAGUGAAGACCGGCACCUGGAGUCUUCUACAGACUCCCUCCUUCCUCAUCACACUCAGCCUCAGCUCGACUCAGGCCUGAAAAUGCACAGGGCCUGCUCAGCCCGAAGCCGAAACAUUUCUGUCUUCUUAUUUUCAAACCGAGCCAGAGAGGUAGUAGUUUUGUCCCAAGCUGACUUAAGAUCAAAUGUGGCUGAUCACAUUGUUUUCUCUGUUGAUAUUUAUGAACCUGAAGCCAAUGGAAACCCAAGCCGUUAAGUGGUUGGACCUUUUGGUGUCCUCUGGGUCUGACCGAGGUGAAAAUGUCUAGCAGUCGUCAAGCUCUGUAAUCCACACCGUCAGUCCUUCAGAUGAUGCUGGUCGAAGUUUAUCAUGUGGAGCUGUUUCUGCCCCCUCAUCACGAAAUGAGGCUCCUUAUCUUUGCUUGAAGUGCACCACUGGACAUCAAAACUACAAGUUAUAUGAUUUUAUUAUUAUAGUCACAUAAGGAACAUAAUACACAAGUUAAUCCCAUUAGCUUGUAUAGUUACCUGCAUCUCAAAAUCCCCUCAUAGCGGUGGCUUGAACUUCAGUGGUUCCUCGCACCAUGCUGACCACGUACUACUGUAGCUAGCUUAUAAGUAAUAUUUGUCUCAAAGGUUUUUGGCUCCACCCCAAUACAAUCGGGGUGUAUGGAAUUUCAGUUCAGGAUUUAAGUAAGACAAGCUAAGAAAAUAGGCAUUGCUUUAAGUUGGGUGAACUGACCCUUUUAAAAAAGAGAUGAAGACCCAAUGAGUUGAUGGCAAGCCUCUGAAAAUCUCUCAGCCAGUGCGGCCCUUGAAGACUUUCAACGUCCUGUAUUCCACUGAUUUUGUGUUUUGUAUUGGUAAAUUCUUUUAUGUUCUGUGAUAUUAUCAAACACAAGCCUCGAAUGUUUAUGAUGCCUUACAAGGCCUUCAAGUGAAGUCUUGCCAAAGUUCAAGGAUAAUUCCAGUUUAUUACAGCCUCAUCAGUAAUAAAACAUGUACUCAUCAAGUUAAUUGCGGAGAUUGGGAACAUGUUUGUAUUGCUUAAAAGAAGUCAGACGGGUCAAUAAACACCAACAGUCAGACAUUUAGGCAGGUUGUAAACACUAACCAAUGUUUUCAUAUCAACACAGGGUCAAAUGACUACUUGUAUCUUAGGGAUAAACCGAAUGUUCGGCCACUGAAAGUAAUCGGCCAAAAAUAGCACUUUCGGUGUUCGGCCUAAUAAGUCAAAAGACCUAAUAAAUUUUACCGAACAAUUAUGUUGACAUGUCGGCAGUGUGGAAGCAUUUUAAGGUGUCUGGGAAAGACACAGAAAUGGCUGAGUAAACACUGAGUAAAAAGCACAUUUUGACUAUUUAAUUUCUGCAAUGGUAAAAAAAAAAAAAAAAUGCAAAAAAAAAAAGGGAAAAACGUUGUUCAGUAUUCGGGAAAGUUUUUCAUUAUAUUCGGCUUCGGCCAAGAAUUUUCAUAUCGGUGCAUCCCUAUUGUAUGUGAAAGGUGUCACUUGUUGUGAUGAACAAGCAGAGUUAUCACCAGUUAUCAUCUGCAGUUCCCGUCAGCUCUAGAAAGCUAAAAGAGCACAUCAGGGAUUAUUGACAAUGUUUCAGGCGUGCUCGCUUUCAGUUUUACCCCUCAAAAAGAUUUUUUACAUAAUCUGGACAAACUGUUCACUGCUUGUAUACAGCCUGUCUGAUGGUCUGACUGCUCAUGUUUCUAACUCUGUUGGACUUUGUUGCAGCGAUCUUGCCAUGUUCUCUGAUUUGAUGAGUACACACUGUUAUCAUAACAGAUAGAAAUGAGAAAAACAACACCUGAGUUGUUAUAAACCUGGAUUAUUGUUUAAAAUGUGAAAGGAAACCUUUGAUCGUGGAGCCUUUAGCUGGAUGGUGCUCUUCCUGCCCACUCAAACAUUCCAUUGCUAGUUAUUUUAGACAUGCUUUUAUUUUGUUAACAUUUCAAGCCACAUCUUUUGAACAUUGAUCACUCCUAACUCACAGAGUUAAAGUCACCGGUGUUUGAAAGCCUCCCAUUCGACUGGGCUCAUGGUAGACAAUACGUGAUGUACAUUACUACUGUGUUAGACUCUGCGUGUGUUCAGGUCGGCCUGUCUUGCGUUGUUGUGUCGUCUUUUCUCCUCCCCCAAACUGACUUUGCCCGUUUGCCUGCCUCUUAAGUGUUGCCCUGAACACGGUGUUAGACUUGUGAGGAACUGAAGUGAACUCCAUCUCUCUGAAUGUCCCUCUCUUUCUCUGUUUACAUGCUCGGACUUAUUGUGACAUAAUGUAAGGACUGUACUGCCCGCUCUGUGUCAGAUAGGGAUGAAUGCCUUGUCACACUGAAACCAUACGAAAGUGCUUUUUGAAAUGUCGUCUGUAUUGCACUGAAGCUUUAGAAUCUACCUACCACACACGUUUAUGGACGUGCAUUUUUUUGUUUGUUAAUGUUUUGUUUUUCCUUUUCUUCAGUGUUGCACUUUGCGUUACUCACAGCGGGGUUAGAAUCACUACUUUAUCAGAUAUAUACAUGAAGUCAACACAGUAGAUACUUAGAUUUAUAUAAGCAUAGAUGUUCUUUGUACUGUACUAUCAUGAAUCCACUAUCUCAAUUAUUGUAAUGUAGAUUGGAAAAAUGGUUAUAUCACAUCUUAAAUCAGACGUGGAAGUAGAUGAACCUUGUGAAACUCAAUACUGCUGUCUUAUUAGCUAGUGAUAAGCUGUAGGGUAAGGAAAGGUCUGUCACUUGCCUCGCCGUGCUGACAAACCUGUUCAUUUAGGAAGUCCCAUCACAGCAUGAGUUGGCAAAACACCUCGGGAGCCUCAUACCCAGGAUGCCACCAGAUGAAUUCAGUAUAAUCGACAUUUCCACAGCACUAAUUCUGUGUGAACAUCAACAGAGUUACACAGAAAUACUGUUUUCUAUCUCUAAUAUACUCUGCAGUUUUGUUAAAAUGUUUUACAUUGAAAGCUCUCCUGUUGCUUAAAGGGCAUAGAGUUGCUAUUGUAUAAAUUGGGUCUAUCAAAAAAUUCAAUUCAUUUCCUCCAUAAGCAAUGUGAGGUAGCUGACAUUUGGAGCACUUCCACAGCUUGGAUGGGAAGGAUUAACAAAUGGGCUAGAAAAUAUCUGCUUGUUUUAGGGCUGGGCAACAUGGCCAAAAAUGUUAUCACGAUAAAAAAUUCGAUAUUGAUAAUUAUCAUGAUAAAUGUCAAAUCACUAUUUCUAUGGAGUUUAAAAGCUUAUUUUUGAAAGUUUAAGAAACCAGAUGCUUAGUUGUGGUUUUAAACUGUUCUUUAUGGUCAGAACAAACACGUGAUGCCAUAUAGUGGAUCACUUAACAAAUCUGAGGUAGAACAUUCAAAACAAUUAUGAUUAAAAUCUUUUUUCAACAAAUAUGAGUAAAAUUAAGUAAAUUCUUUUUUCAGUCCCUUUUUCUCAGCAAAAUAAAUAUCUUAAUUGAAGCACUCUUGAUUCAAUUUGAACAUUUACUGAACAUUUGUUAGAAUAUAGAAAAUUAUAUUGCGAUAAUUAUCAGUAUUGUUUUAUUUAUUUAUUUUUAUAUAAAAAAGUCCAAGGUACAAGCCAAUGUACAUAAAAAGAAGAAAUUUGGCAAGAAACAUCCAAACACAGAGUGAUUGAUUGAGAGUUAAAGGUUACGCUUUUGAGAAAACAGCCUUUUGGUGUCUGGGUCGACGUACAGCAACCACAGUAUAGCAUGUUUUUUGCAACAACAAAGAAUUUUGAAUUCAC